CACUACCAACUACAGCAUGGCAGACAACGAGUUAGACAACCUGUGGGCAUCAGCAGUCUCCCAUCGUACAUAUGAAGUCUACCAAGCAGGGUUCAAGGCCUAUGCCCUCUUCAUCGCAACAUGUAGCAGUAUAUGGAGUUCAUCACUUCCUCCCAUAUCGGAAGAAUUGCUACUCAGAUUCGUGGCACACUGUCAUAAACAUCAAAACCUCAGGUAUGCAACAAUAAAGACAUACCUAUGCGGUGUGAGGUUUAUGUAUCUCAAAGCGGGAGUGCCGAACCCUUGGACUCUGGGCAACCUGACAAGGCUGCAUACCAUAGUAGGUGCUGUGAAGAGACAGCAAGGCUGUACAGUAUAUGUUCGGUUGCCCAUAACAAGCUCUAUACUUACCAAGUUGUGUCACCUUUUAGACCAAGGUGUCUUCACCUCCUCACUCAAUAUUAUGCUGAAAGCAGUGUGUUGCCUGGCCUUUUUCGCAUUCCUCAGAUGCGGGGAAUUUACGUGUGAUAGAUUCAGCCCGCAUGUCAAUUUGUGUUUCAAUUCAGUGAAAACUGAUCCAUUUCGCAAAGGUGUGAACAUUGUGCUACAUCGGAUGAAUACUGCCAUCUGUCCAGUACACAAUAUGCUGACCUACAUGUAUCACAGGAAACAAUCUGGAACUUCCCCUCAUGACCCUUUGUUUGUGUCACCCAGUGGUAGUGCCUUAUCCAGGAAGUUCUUUAUUCAGUGCCUCAAAACCUUAUUAAGUAUGGCUGGAUACGAUGACAAAGCCUACAACGGACAUUCAUUCAGAAUAGGAGCAGCAACAUCAGCUGCAAGUAAAGGCGUGCCCGAUCACAUGAUUCAGACAUUGGGUAGAUGGACCUCAGCGUGUUACACUCGUUAUAUCAGAACGUCCCAAGUCUCCAUACGUAAAGCUCAGAUAGCGAUGGCACAGAAGUGACCAGCUCCAAUAGGAUUAAACAAAACUGGAACUCUGUAACUUUUUAUCAUGUUCUCUUGUUUAUGUCUUACGGCCUAAUUACUUUUGGGGAUUCUCAUCAACUCAAUUUCACAAUUAUCAUUAAUAAUAAUAUGGGCAAUCUAUCCGCUCUAUCAGAGGGCAAUUCAGGCGGAUACUAUUCCCCCUGCAAGUAAUUUAACAUUCAUCUCUUUUUUGUUUUUUCAUCAUUCGUCUACUCUGCCAGGUACUCCUGGCGCUCGGGAGCAAGUCUUGGGGUGCGCGACUCCUACUUGUAUUACUUGGCAGAGGUACAGCCCGCCGAUCGGGUAUAUUUCUUCACCGUCCAUUGUUCGUAUACUCAGCCAAGUCUCAGUACGCUCAAACAGUAUGGAGUGCGCUACUCCGAUAUUAGAGACUUGGCUGAAGUAAGUCUUCCAUGUACUAUGUUUAUGUGUCAUGUAUAUAUGUAUAUACCGAG